AUGACUCAUCAAUCAAUCACUCACACGCCCACGCCCAUGGAGAGCUUUCCGCCACCAGGGAGGGUUCCGAGGGUGCCGCCUGUCAGAGGUGGAAUCCCCAACCCCUCACCUCGUACCAGCUGCGAAUCAUCUCCAUCUGCUAUUGGCUCGCGGUCCAGGUCCCCCUUAAGGCUCCAGGUCCCCCUUAAGGCUAAAGGCUCGCGGUCCCCCUUAAGGCUCCAGGUCCCCUUAAGGCUCCAGGUCCCCUCCCCCCGGCUCGAGCCCUUCGAGGUCUGUCAGCACGGAACAGCCACGCUCUCCAUUAGCAUAAACACUUCCGUAAUGAAUUUCGGAGUGCCACUGCAAGCUCAGAGGCAGUCAGUGACACCCCCAGCGGCACUGCCAUCACCAUCAGUACCCGCCAUCACCACACCUCCAUCACCAUCAAUACCUGUCACCACCACGCGGCCUCCAUCACCACCAGCACGAAUCACCAUCACCCCUUCUCCAUCACCUCCCUCUCGCCCUCAUUCCCACUGUGCUUUCGCUACUCAUUGA